GUCAAUAAUGAAAUGGUCAGGCCUGUAAGAAUGAAAAAAUACAGGUUCAGUCAAGCCUGCAAUUCAUCACUUAUAUUUCUUCAUUAACUAGAUCUCAUAGUUGAUUCAAACCCUAAGAGCUGUACCAACAUCAGGCUUCUCGAUCUGCUGUUUUGCGGGAGUGAAUCAAGUGACUGGAGAAAAUGCAGCACAUUCCAAAUACAGUUGAGGAACAGUUGAUUUUGAAAGCUAUCCGGGAAGAAUGUCCGUGGGAGAAUCUCCCAAAAAGACUUCAGUCCUUUCUUACUUCUAAAGAAGAGUGGCACAGAAGGAUCAUUGAACAUUGCAUUAAGAAGAGACUCCAGUGGAAUAAGUGUUUUGCUCGCAGAGUAAGCAAAGAAGGUGAAUAUUAUGAAGACAUGAUGCGUUACUUACGAAGAAAUCUGGCGUUGUUUCCCUAUCACCUUGCGGACUAUGUCUGCCGUGUGAUGAGGUUAUCACCUUUCAGAUAUUACUGUGAUAUGAUCUUUGAAGUUAUGAAAAAUGAACAACCAUAUGACAGUAUACCGAACUUCAGUGCUGCUGAUUCUUUGCGACUUACAGGAAUAGGAAGAAAUGAAUUUAUUGAUAUCAUGAACAAGUGCAGAUCUAAGAAAAUUAUGUGGAAGCUGAACAAGUCAAUUGCCAAAGAAUUGUUACCAACACAACCUGUCGAGUUUACUAUUGAACCGUGGUGGGGAGUUUGUCUUGUCAAUUUUACACUGGAAGAAUUCAAGAAACUCACAGAAGAAGAAAUGGCAACAAUUGAUAAAGUCUGUAAGGAGGAAGCUAAUGCGUUUAUCCUGUUUGAUCCUGACAUCAUUAAGGGUCUUUAUCGUAGGGGAUUGAUCUACUUUGAUGUCUCUGUCUAUCCUGAUGACCGCUUUAAAGUUUCCAGGCUUGAAGGGUUUGUUUCCAACAGAGAACAGUCUUAUGAAGACCCCAUUGAAGAGUUACUGUAUGCAGUUUUUGUUGUUUCAAGCGAGAAUGCCACUGUUGCUGAACUGGCAGCAACAUUACAGGCUGAUCUUUCUCAGCUGCAAGCUGCUGCAUCUUUUGCAUGCCGAUUGGGAUGGGCAAUAAAGGUAAUUGACCCAGCAUCCAUUCUUCAGGAUGCAAGUGUACCUGACCCUCCAAGAGUCAUUCUCAGUGAUGAUGAGGCUUCUCUUGCUAGUAUGGGCUCAGCAAACAUGUCCACUGAUGGUGAUAUUGGUCAACAAGGAGAUGUUACAGGAAUGGAAAGCCAUGGACCACUUUCUGGCCUAGUCCGUGUAGCUUUCAUUGUUGAUGCUAAUAUAACAUCAUAUCUUAUGAUGGGCUCUGUUUCACCAGGCUUGAAAUCUCAUGCUGUAACGCUAUAUGAAGCUGGAAAAUUAGGUCAUGGUAGUAUUGCAGAUCUGUGCAAGGAUCUGAGUACACUAGAGGGAACAAAAUUUGAGGGUGAAUUGCAAGAAUUUGCAAAUCAUGCAUUCAGCCUUCGCUCUGUCUUGGAAUGCCUUCUGUCAGGGGGAGUUUCCACUGAUGCCAGAAUAGAGGAAAAUUGUGACCAGAUGGGCAUGUUAACUUCAAGCACUGAUGAGGCUACUGCUCCAAUGGCUGAUGUCACAUUGACUAACAAAUCAAAUUACCUUGGUAGGAAUGAAGCUGGACAGAGUAACUAUAAUUCCAUGAAUUCUAUGCCUCAUGAUGAAUCUGGUUUGGAUGAUUCUGCACCUGGAAUAACUGGUGAUGAAAUAUCUUCUGCUACUUUAUCAGAGGACGAUAGUUCUUUAAGUAAAGUCUCUAAAUCAGACCCCACUUUCGAGGGUGAUGAGAAGCUGAUACCCAUUGAAGUGUCUGAUGUUGGAAAAGAAGCUUCAAGAAAGAAAAAGAAAUAUCGAGUGGAUAUUCUGCGAUGUGAAAGCUUGGCUUCUCUGGCCCCAGCAACUUUAGAUCGCUUGUUUCUUCGUGACUAUGAUAUGCUUGUGUCCAUGAUUCCUCUUCCUCAUUCCUCUGUUUUUCCUGGACCAAGAGGCCCUAUUCAUUUUGGUCCCCCCUCUCAUUCAUCUCUGACACCAUGGAUGAAAUUAGUACUCUAUUCAACUGUGGCUAGUGGCCCUGUAUCUGUUGUUCUCAUGAAAGGACAAUGUCUAUGUAUGCUUCCUGCCCCGUUGGCUGGUUGUGAGAAAGCCCUUAUAUGGUCAUGGGAUGGUUCUACAAUUGGAGGGCUGGGAGGCAAGUUUGAGGGAAAUUUAGUGAAGGGAGGUAUACUCUUACAUUGUUUAAACUCACUUCUCAAGUAUUCAGCUGUGAUAGUGCAGCCCCUGAGUAGCUACGACCUUGAUGAUUCUGGAAGAGUUGUUACUAUGGAUGUACCAUUGCCCCUAAAGAACUCUGAUGGUUCAAUUGCUCAUAUAGGAAAUGAAUUGGGACUUGGUGAAGGGGAAAGUUUGAAACUGAAUUCUCUGUUAAUUGAUUUGGCAAAUAAGAUAGAAUUGUGGACAGUUGGAUAUAUCCGCCUAUUAAAACUUUUUAGAGAAAGAGAAUCAGAGCACUUUGCACCCGACGAGUAUGAUUGGGUCCCAUUAAGUGUGGAAUUUGGGAUUCCACUUUUUAGUCCAAAAUUAUGCAACAAUAUUUGCAAACGGGUUGUCUCAUCACAAUUACUUCAGGCAGAUUCUCUUGCUGCGCAUCAUGAUGCGAUGCAAGGCCUCAGGAGAAGGUUGCGUGAUGUUUGUGCGGAAUACCAGGCAACAGGUCCUACUGCAACACUUCUCUACCAGAAAGAGCAAUUGAAGGUAUCGUCUCGACGACUCAUGAGCUAUGCUAGUGGAAGAUGGAACCCACUUGUGGAGCCUUCUUCUCCUAUCUCUGGAGCCACGAGCGAGUAUCAAAGAUUAAAACUUGCUAGUCGACAGCGUUGUCGGACUGAAGUCUUGAGCUUUGAUGGUAGCAUUUUGAGAUCUUUUGCUCUGACUCCUGUGUAUGAGGCUGCCGCAAGGCCUGUUGAGGAAACCUCAUCAGUGAGUGUGGUAAAAACUGAACCUGAUGAAGCAAGCAGCCGAGAAGUAACAUUACCUGGUGUUAAUCUUCUUUUUGAUGGUUCAGAGUUGCACCUCUUUGACAUAGGUGCUUGCCUGCAGGCUCGCCAACCAAUUUCCUUAAUAGCAGAGGCCGCAGCAGCCUCUGCAUCUGCUGCUACCAGAUAGGACUUUUUCCAGUCUUCACUUGGAUGUGUAUACAAGAAUUUAGCCAAUACCAACAAAAGUUACUGCCAAUUUGAAAAUUAGUUUCUCAUUUGAAAAUUACUGCCAAUUUGAAAAGGUAAGUGCUUAUCAUAUCCUUCAUGCCACUUCUACUCAAAUUUUGUGUAUAAAGGUAAGUGCUUUGAUUUCUUUUGUGUAGUAGAAAAGUUACUGCCAAUUUGAAAAUUAGUUUCUCAUUUAUGAAGAUCAAAACCAAAUCUCUCUAUGAUAUGGACAACUGACAAGGAAAAUGUUCAGCCAUGGAAAGAUUGCUUAAGGCCUUGUGCUGAGGCCAAAACAUUAUUUCUUUUUAAGGCCGAAAAGUUCAGCCAUGGAAAGAAUGCUUUCAUAUGUCAUGUCUUUAAGACACUGUAGCCCAAUUUUGCUUCUUUUCUUUUGACUCGUGUAAUAUUUUUCCUACACUUAUGGAUGACUCUUUCUGAUCAGGUCGGUACUCACAAUCUUUUCUGCUGUUAAGUGAUUGAUAGUUUGUGGAUAGAUACCAAUAUUGGACAUGGUAUAUGGAAGCAAGGAAUCAUAUUCAUUUUCGCAAAGCAUCUGUACAUGAUGCCUUCUAAAAUACUUCUUGUAACUUUUGGUUUGGUAUUUGUAUGCUAUUUCUCUCCGCUUUCAUUCUAUUUGGAGAAAAUGUGUGUAUCUUUUAUACGACAAUAGAAAUCAGCAUUAUUUCA